UGUAAUUUCUGAUUAUUAAUCUCCUUAGGUCACUAUUAAUCGUUUCGGUCGACCGUCAUACACUACUUAGCAGCUUCACAACAUUGAUUUCAAAAUGCAAAUCAAGGCAAACUCGCUGAAUAAUCAGCUUGAUGGCCAAGUUCCACCGGAAGUGGCGCAAACCAAUACUCACCAACCGGAAGUAACAAAGAACCAGAACAUGCUCUAUUCCCGGAGGGAGUCAUUCGAGCCAAGUGACGUCAGCUGUAAUCCGAAUUAUGGAACGGAACUUUUGCAUGAACCAAUUAAUAAUAACUACGUCACUGAUCCCGCAUAUGACGUCACAAGUCAGUUGACAAGCUUCGUCGAUAAUACUUAUUUCACUACGGAGAAGAAUGCAUCAUUCCCAAUCACCUCCACUGUGCUACACCCCCUAACGACGACCCCUCCUUCUGCGUCCUCUGGUAGCGUGUCAGAUAGAUCAUGCGAGGAAGAGGAACUAAUCGAUGUAGUCAAUGACUCACUCGGGACAUCUCUAGGAAGUGACUCACUUGGAACCUCUCUAGAAAAUGCUUCCCUUGGAACGUCUGGUUCUACUGACGCUUCUUGCAAGGAGACAGAUAUAUCCAUGUCUACCCAGAGUUCCCUGUCGGAGCAGUCUCCUUCUACCAGAAGUCUUACUACGUCAUCACCGGAACACAGUAUUGCAGUGACCCCGGAGUCUGCCCAAACCUCUAAAACAAAGAAAAGGACCAAUUACUCGCCCAGUCAAGUCCAGGCAUUGGAGAAGGUGUUCCAUGAAAAUCCUUACCCGGAUUCGGAGCGCAUGGAAGAAAUGUCACGUGAACUUGGAAUUGCUGAAACUAAGAUCAAGGUGUGGUUCCAGAACAAGCGAGCUCGCUGGCGUAAGAGGGUACAGGACGACAAGCGAAUGAUGCCGUACGACCACAGGGCAUUCCCUUCCCCAUUCAUGUCGCCCCUCUCUCCGGUCAUGUCCCCUGUCGGUUCCUACGGCUACCUGCCCGGAAGUCCAAUACUCGGCUCGCCUUCCUCGCCGUCACAAGUCGUACCCGGUCCCAUGAUGUCUUUUCCUAGACCAUCUACGUCACCAAACUCACCGCUAGCCAAUCAAAAACAGCCUUCGCCAAUGACGCCACCUUUCCAACAACGCCCACAUUUACCAGCAUAUUUCUACUCGUUCCCGUACGGCAUGUAUCCUCCUCCAUAUUUCUGCGGAUAGGGGAGAUAACUCUGCCACCCUGUUGUUAUAUUGUGAGUGUGACAAUUCAAGAAGCGGAAGUUGUGUAAAAACCGGAAGUGUGUUCAGAAAUUUUGUUACAUUGUUAUGUUUGUUGAAUUUUGAACCCAGUGCAAUUAUACAAAAUGUAUAUAACAUGUAAAUAAGUGCGCACUAUGUAUUGGUCAGAUAUCACGUGAUCACGUGAUAAAAGGCGAUCAUUUCGUAUGAAUGACAUUCGAAUUUGUAAAUAAACGACGUGUAUGUAUAUAAAGUAUGUAUUUAAAUGUUGCAAGUACUUAUAUAUAUAUAACAAUUAAAUAUUAAAAACUCAAUU